CGUCCCGCUUAGGAGUAGGUUGUCGUGUAUUGCUCUCUAAAAGGGCAAUGAUACGAUGAAUACUAUCAGGUGUUUUGUGUUCGUGUUUGCAAUUGCAAGUAAUUCGUUCACCUCUGCAUAUGAUGAAUGUAAUGAACCGCUUUUGGACAGAGCUCACUUAACAGCCACCACAUCAUUGCCUAAUAGGGGUCCAAAGAAUGCUAGGAUCAAUGGAGGUUCUACGUGGUCACCAGAGCUUAGCAGUUAUGAUCAACAUCUUACUGUGGAACUGGGGGACAGAUAUGAGAUACGCAGCAUUGCUACACGAGGUCGUGCUCAUACUAACGAGUAUGUGACAGAGUAUAUUGUCCAAUACUCUGAUGAUGGGCAAGCCUGGGCCAGUUAUGAAAGCCAGGAUGGUGUAGAUGAGAUGUUUAAGGGUAAUAGGGAUGGUGAUACCAUAAAACUUAAUAAAUUUGAAGUACCAAUUAUUGCACAAUGGAUUAGAGUAAAUCCAACCCGAUGGCGGGAUAGAAUAUCAUUAAGAAUAGAAUUGUAUGGAUGUAAUUAUGUAUCUGACGUCCUUUCCUUUAAUGGUUCAUCUCUUCUACGAUAUGAUUUAUUACGAGAACCAAUAGAAACUGAUAGACAUUUUAUACGCUUUCGGUUUAAAACAAACAACGCUGAUGGUAUUCUAAUGUAUUCCCGCGGGACGCAAGGAGACUACAUAGCUUUGCAAUUAAGAGACAAUAGAAUGUUCUUAAAUAUAGACCUUGGAUCCGGUAUAAUGACAAGUUUGUCAAUUGGAAGCCUUUUAGACGACAAUAUGUGGCAUGAUGUUUUAAUAUCGCGCAAUAGAAAAAAUAUUUCAUUCUCUGUAGAUAGGGUAUUGAUUAAGGGAAGAAUAAAAGGAGAGUUUUAUAGACUGGAUUUAAAUAGAGCACUUUACAUAGGUGGUGUACCCAACAAACAAGACGGACUAGUAGUUAAUCAGAACUUUACAGGGUGUAUAGAGAAUUUUUACCUCAAUGCAACUAGCAUUAUUCACGAUUUAAAGGACACAGAAAUCACUGGUGAAAAUUUAAGAUAUUACAAAGUGAAUACUAUUUAUAGUUGUCCAGAACCACCUAUAAUUCCUGUCACAUUUUUGACACAUGGCUCGUACGCCAGACUCAAGGGAUAUGAGGGAAUACCUUCCUUGAAUGUUUCUCUUACCUUUAGAACAUAUGAGGAUAAGGGAAUUAUUUUGUAUCAUCAGUUCACAUCUCCAGGUUACGUAAAGUUAUUCUUGGAAGAUGGUAAAUUGAAAGUUGACAUUAAAACGAAAGGAAGUCCUCAAGUAAUUCUGGACAACUUUGAUGAAAUGUUUAACGAUGGAAAAUGGCACCAAGUCAUUCUAACUAUCUCGAAGAACAGCCUUAUCUUGAACGUCGAUGGAACGCCCAUGAGGACAAAACGUAUGCUAGAAAUGAUCACGGGACCUGUAUAUAUGAUUGGUGGUAUGACGGGAAUAGAGAGCAACCGCGGUUUCGUUGGUUGCAUGCGAAUGAUCAGUAUUGAUGGUAAUUACAAACUGCCAACUGACUGGAAAGAAGAGGAAUACUGUUGCAAAAAUGAAAUCGUGUUCGACACAUGUCAGAUGAUGGAUCGUUGCAACCCGAAUCCGUGCAAACACUCUGGUGUAUGUCGUCAAAAUUCUGAUGAAUUCUUCUGCGAUUGUGCCAAUACGGGAUACACGGGAGCAAUGUGUCACACUUCCUUAAAUCCUCUAUCGUGCGAAGCCUACAAAAACAUAAAUUCAGUCAAUCAACGUGCUGAUAUCAAGAUAGACGUCGAUGGAAGUGGUCCUUUGAAUCCAUUUCCAGUAGUCUGCGAAUUUUACGCGGAUGGACGCGUGAGGACGAUUGUAAGGCACAAUAAUGAGCGUAUGACACCUGUGGACGGGUUCCAAGAACCGGGCAGUUUCGUACAAGACAUUAUUUACGACGCAGACAUGGAUCAGAUCGAAGCUCUUCUUAAUAGAUCCACAGAUUGUAGACAGAGAAUUAGUUACGCGUGUUUUAAUUCUAAGUUAUUCAAUUCACCGGUACCACAAGGGGAAUAUUUCCGGCCAAACUCGUGGUGGGUCAGCAGACAUAAUCAGAAAAUGGACUACUGGGGUGGGGCAUUACCUGGCUCGCGUAAAUGCGAGUGUGGUAUACUAGGAAAUUGCGAGGAUCCUACGAAAUGGUGCAAUUGCGACGCUGAUCUAGACGGUUUAUCCGAAGAUAGUGGCGAUAUCACCGAAAAGGAGUACCUUCCUGUUAAACAACUGCGGUUUGGAGAUACUGGUACACCGGUGGAUAAUAAGGAGGGUCAUUACACGCUUGGACCUCUUAUUUGCGAGGGUGAUGAUUUAUUCAAGAACGUAGUAACAUUCCGCAUCGUUGAUGCUACCAUCAAUCUACCAACCUUUGAUAUCGGUCACAGUGGUGAUAUCUAUUUUGAGUUUAAAACGACUAUCGAAAACGCUGUCAUAAUUCACAGCAAAGGGCCUACGGAUUAUAUAAAGAUUUCUAUAAACAGCGGAAAUCAGAUUCAAUUCCAGUACUUAGCAGGUAGCGGUCCUCUCACUGUUAGUGUGCAAACCUCGUAUAGAUUGACUGAUAACAGAUGGCACUCGGUUUCGGUCGAGAGAAAUCGUAAGGAGGCUAGAAUCGUAGUCGAUGGAGCGUUGAAGAACGAAGUGAGAGAACCUCCAGGACCUGUACGAGCGCUUCAUCUCACGUCAGAUCUCGUCAUUGGUGCCACGACAGAUUAUAGAGAUGGUUACGUAGGAUGUAUUAGAGCGCUUCUUCUAAAUGGUCAGCUACAAGAUCUGAGAAGACACACUCGCCAGAAUUUAUACGGAAUUUCUGAAGGUUGUACAGGUAAAUGUGAGAGCAACCCAUGUCUCAAUAAUGGCACUUGUCAUGAAAGAUACGAUGGGUACUCUUGUGACUGUCGUUGGACUGCGUUUAAGGGUCCCAUUUGUGCAGAUGAAAUUGGUGUAAAUAUGCGUUCAAGUUCGAUAAUAAAGUACGAUUUCAUGGGCAGCUGGCGUUCAACAAUUUCUGAAAAAAUCAGGGUUGGUUUUAUAACGUCGAAUCCUAAAGGAUUCUUACUUGGUCUAUUCUCGAAUAUCUCUGGAGAAUAUAUGACGAUUAUGGUCUCAAACAGCGGCCACUUGCGUGUUGUUUUUGAUUUUGGAUUUGAGCGACAAGAGGUUAUCUUCCCGAACAAGCAUUUCGGUUUGGGACAAUAUCACGAUGUCAGAGUGGGCAGGAAAAAUUCGGGAGCGACGCUUGUGCUACAAGUUGAUAAUUAUGAACCGAAAGAAGUUAAUUUCAAUAUCAAGACUUCCGCUGAUGCACAGUUCAACAAUAUUCAAUACAUGUACAUUGGAAAAAACGAAUCCAUGACAGAAGGCUUUGUCGGUUGUAUAUCUAGAGUAGAGUUCGACGAUAUUUAUCCUCUCAAAUUACUCUUUCAAGAAGACGGGCCUGGAAACAUCCGUUCCGUCGGUACUCCUCUCACGGAAGAUUUCUGUGGUGUAGAACCGAUUACACAUCCGCCAAAUAUCGUAGAAACUCGUCCACCACCACAAGUGGACGAAGAAAAAGUUCGAGCUGCUUACAACGAAACUAAUACCGCCAUUUUGGGAAGCGUAUUAGCUAUAAUUAUCAUAGCGUUAGUAAUAAUGGCAGUACUUAUAGGAAGAUAUAUGUCAAGACAUAAAGGUGAAUAUUUAACGCAGGAAGACAAGGGUGCUGAAAUUGCAUUGGAUCCAGAUUCAGCGGUGGUACAUUCAGCCACUGGCCAUCAAGUUCAAAAGAAGAAAGAAUGGUUUAUUUAAGUACGAGGUUAUAUUACGCUAUAUCGACGCUACAGUAUGUAUAGGUAAAAAGAGAAACUAUGCUUAUAAGUGCACUUUGAAGUGUCAUAACGAAAGAUUUUAUAAGAAAGAUAACAAGUAACAACUCCAUUCUACUUUUUCGAUUUAAUGACAAACUGUAUAAAAGAAGGAUUAUGGAGACUGCUAAACUUAACUAAUUAACAUGAACAAAUUUAUUGAAUCUCUUGUAACGAAAAAUACCA